AUGAAAGGUGGAAAGAAGGCAGGGAUAGAAGCAUUACCCAGUGAGGAAAAGACCUACGGCGAUCCAAGGUUUAUCAAGUUAUAUGACUCAGGUUCUGAGUAUAGCAUGGGUGAUAGUGACAAGGGCCCCACAUUUGUUCACCUUAAGAACAUAAGAAUUUGCAAUGAAGAGAAAAAGAAAACGCUCAGUAAGAUAUGUUGCACCAAAAGUUACCUUUUCGUUGGUACUUGUAGCGUGUUCAGCCAAGUGCGUGUCUUUAAUUACAACAAUUUGAUUACCUCCAGAAAGGAGAGCCAAGAUUUGAGUAGUAUGCACACAGAAGGCAACAAUAAACAAAAAAGUGAAGAAAAAAGUGAAAAAAAUAGAAAGGAAGAACAGCAUGGACAGAAUCAACACGAUGAACCCUUCAUCAGCUUGUGUGACAUUUACAGGGAGAGCAAAUUUUACACAGCCAAACGGGAAUACAACAAGGAUAACCUAUUAACCAUAGACCCUUUCCAGAAUAAAACUAAUAGAAAAAACGUGAACAGAGGAAACAGUGUCCAUGAGAAGGUGAGCCAAGGAUAUUCCUCCAAUGUUGCAAAGUCGAUAGAAAUUGCACCAAAGGGGAAAAGAAACAUCAACGAUAAUAUUCUUAAGGAGGAAAAGAAAAAGGAAACGAAAAUUACCCAAAUAAAUUUAAAGGAUAAACUGAUGAAUUUCAAUCAAAAGGGGUACCUAGAAUUAAGCGACAACGAAUCAACCUUUCGUGAGGAAUAUUUAUACUAUGAUAAUUUUGCGGGGAUUCCCCCCCCAAGAAAAGACAUACAGCCCCCCAUUAGAAUUACAAACGAAAUGAGAGAAGAGGAAAGAAACAAAAGAGAAAAAGAAGAAGAAAUGGAAAAGAAAAAAAAAAUCGACGAAGAAAAUUUUAGAAAUGAACAGUUAGCAAAAAACGGUUGCUACUUGAAUAAGGACAUGUUAGAAAUAAACGUAGAUGUAAUUAAGAGAAAAACAACACAGGUGAAUAAUUUGGUGGAGUACGUUGGAGCUUUUGUGAAUGUAUCUUCCCCCAUCAUAUUGAUGAAAACAAAUAAUGAGGAGAAUAUUUUAUCUGUUUUAACAUUGGUCGGGGAUGUAUACAGCUACGAUAUCAGUGACAAUUCGCUAAAACAGCUGAGAGAAAAAAGAAUAAAAAAAAUCGAAUUCUUUAGUAAUAUAGAAAAUUAUUUUAUGGAACAAGAAAAAGGUAAUACAUCAAAUGAAUUCUUGGAAGAAGAUUUUUCAGAGGAGGUAACGGCAUCGGCAUUGUCUCUCUCCAAAUCACAUUUCACCAAUUCGGUAAAAUAUUUUGAUUUCCUCCCAGAUGAUAAAACCCUAAUUUGUGUAGGACAAAACAAGGACUACUUCCUUUCAUUUAUUAACUGCCAUAAUGGGAAGAAAAUUAUAUAUCAUAAGAAAAUAAGAAUUAAAAAGCCUAGCCAGAACGUUGUCCUGAACUCUAAUAAAGUGAGUAAAGACAAAAUGCUACCUACGCUUAUGCAAGAUUUUAGCUAUGUAUAUGUAGAUCGGGAAAAAAAAAAUUUUAAUGGCGAAAUUGGGAAUUUUGUUUACAUUGGAUCGUCCUGUGGUUACUUAGUUUUCAUUUUUCUUGGCGACAAGUUUCUUCGCUUUGUUAAUCAUUUACUAACGAAUGACGAGGUGAGGAGUGGCUCCCUGUUCACCUAUGAUGAAGAGGCCGAUGAGGACGAAUGGGCCAAGAUCGCCACUCACUGUGUUUUAGGCAACGUGGACGAUGUGUAUACAGUAAGGAAGGAAGAAUUGUAUGCGCUCUUCGGGGAUGAGCAGAACAUGAACAGCGGUACAAACAUGAAUGAGGUUGGCAAUUUGAACGACUUUGAGCAUCGACCCAGUGACGCAGGUGCACCCCCCGACAAACCUAAGGAAAACAUUUUCAAAGAAGCAGAGCACAACUCCUUUUCCUACGCAUUGUGCAUUGCCAAAAAUGUAAAAAUAAAUUCCAUUAUAAGCCUGAGUACAAACAAAAAUGAUAACAUUCAUUUGAUUGUAGCCCUUAACGAUGGACGCUUGUUGGACUUCCUUUUCCGUAUAUCCCCGCACUUUACUCCCACCACCUCUUCCAUCACGAGGUGUGCGUACUACCCGGCUUUGAGUGAAAAUUGUUCGGAAAAAAAAUUCAGUCAUAAUAAUUCUCAAAGAAAUGGGAAUAGGGAGUGCGCUGCGGAUAGCCCUUCGUCCCGUGUGGAUAAUAUUGCCUUCAUAAAAAAAUGCGAAAAAGAAAUGUAUGACUUUACAGGGUUACACAAGUCGAGCAGUGUAAGUAAAAUUAAUUUGUAUCAAAAUAGGUCGUCACAUUUUUUUGUUUUUAUAAAUUCAAAUGUGAAAAGAAUUCGCGAAAUGUCCGAUAAAAAAUUUUACACAACAUACGUGUUAAAUAUGUAUAGUAAAAAAAUUAGCAUCCUCCAUGAGCAUCUUGCGUACAUUAUUGAUUCCUGUGUAUGCUCUGAUUUUUAUUUCUGCCUAGAUGACAAUAACACAGUUGCCGUUUUUGAUUCGUUUCGCGAAGGGUAG